GCUCGCCUGGCGGGCUCUCCCUCUCCCUCUCUCUCUCUCACUGUGUGUGGGUCUGUGUGCGAGCGCGCGCGCGUGUGUCAGUCGCUCUUCGCUCGCGGGGCUGGGUGACGAGAGGGCAGCGAGGCAGAGAGUGGCGGCCGCCGCUGCCGCCGCCGCCGUUUCCUCCUCCUCCUCCUCCUCAGCAUGUUGCCAUCCCGCCGGGUCCCCAGAGAGAGGCGGCGCCCGCUCGGGGCGGCACGAGCGCAGCAGGAGAAGGAGAAGCAGCAGCAGAAGCAGCGGCAGGAGGACGAGGUGACCGACAAGACGGAGACGGCGGCGAGCAGAGGGGGCUGCCGCGCCGAGGGCAGCAGCAGCAGGUGCUAGGUGUGUGGAAGAGCGCGAGAGAAGCGCGCGCGCGCUACCUGCCUGGCCGCCGGCUGAGCAGCCCAGCCUCUGCCUCAGGUGCGUGCCGGCGGCGUGGAGAGCGCGAGAAGAGAGGAGGGCGAUCAUGCCAGCGCCAGCCGCGCGUCUCCAUCGCCACCUCCGGGCCCUUUAGCGCCGGGUUCCCGCUGCGCCUGGACGCUCUUCCUGGGAUUAAUUCGCUCCUCGCUGGAGCCCGGAGGAACUGAACUCGCCUGGACUCAAGCGAGCGGCCUUGGAGGCUCCGCAUCGCCCGAGGAAGCCCUUCUCCCUCGAAAGCGCACGCCGCUCCUCCUGCGCCCGGCGCGCUCCUCCUGCUCAUCUGUUGCUUGAACGGGCGGCCCCCUCCCUGCUCUGUCUCUCGCUCGCCGGGCUUGAUGGAGGAAGCAGCCGCCUUCGCCGCUCCUUGCCCUUCCAGCUGAACCUCCCUUGCGCUGGACUCGAGCCUCUCUCUUUUGCCUUCCUCCCCCCCUUCCCCGCCACCGCUCCCCCGACGCACCUUCCUCCCCAAACCCUGCGAGGCAGCGUCUCCAUAUCCCGCCCCCCUCGCUCGUUCUCCCCCCCUUCUCUCGCUCGUUCUCCCCGACCCACUUUGGUGCGAUGCUGCUGCCUUGGACCUUCGCUUCCUAAAAGCGCCGUUUGCUGUUGCGAUCCUUCCGUUGGAAAUUUACAAAGGAGACUCCCCCCCCCCACCGGGAUAAAGGAAAAAAAGGGGGGAAGGAAAGAAAGGCGGCUUCUGGGGGGGGGAGGGGGAGGAACAUGGAUGAGAAGCUGCAAGCGCAUCAGGUUGACAUCGACCCGGAUUUUGAACCCCAGAGCCGGCCUCGCUCCUGCACCUGGCCGCUGCCUCACCCCGACUUCCCGGGAGAAGAGGACGAUGGAGCCGCGGCUGCCGGCGCUGGUGGUGGCGGUGGCGGCGGCGGUGGAGGAGGCGGCGGCUCCAAGCACCCCUUGGCCGGCGGAACGGAAGGCGCCGAGAACGCCGGAGUGGCGUCGGAGCGCGGCAAAGCCGCCCCGGCGCUGCCUUCGCUGGGCGCGGACGUUGGACAGCUCCGCAAGGCGAAGACCUCGCGGCGCAACGCCUGGGGCAACCUCUCUUACGCGGAUCUCAUCACCAAAGCGAUCGAGAGCUCCCCGGAGAAGCGGCUCACCCUCUCGCAGAUCUACGACUGGAUGGUCAGAUACGUCCCUUAUUUUAAGGAUAAAGGAGACAGCAACAGUUCGGCUGGUUGGAAGAACUCGAUCCGGCACAACCUGUCUCUGCACACCCGCUUUAUCCGCGUGCAGAACGAGGGCACGGGCAAGAGCUCCUGGUGGAUGCUGAACCCCGAAGGGGGCAAAACCGGCAAGACGCCCCGCAGGCGAGCCGUCUCCAUGGACAACAACAGCAAGUUCCUGCGGAUCAAGGGCAAAGCCAGCAAGAAAAAGCAGCUGCAGGCAGCCCAGGAGCGUGGAGAGGAGAGCCCGGCCAGCCAGCAGGCCAAGUGGUCAGAGAGCCCUAACUCCCAUGCGAGCGAGGAGUACGACGCUUGGGCCGACUUCCGGACGCGGGCCAACUCCUCGGCCAGCACCUUGAGCGGGCGCCUCUCCCCCAUCAUGGCCAACCACGAGCCGGAUGAGCUGGAAGAGGACGACGGGACUCCGUCCUCCCCGCUGAUGUACCCCAGCCCGUCCAGCACCAUGUCCCCCUCCUUGAACGCCCGCUGCUCCGUGGAGAUGCCCCGGCUGACCGAUCUCACUGGCACCAUCAACCUGAAUGAGAGCCUUGGUGAGAGCCUCCUGGAAGACCUGCAGGACAACUACAGCAUGAGCCCUGCCCAGCCGCUGCCCGCCGGGGGCCUCCGGCAGAGGAACUCCAGCUUCAGCUUCAACUCCAAGUGCUCUGCUGUGGGCGCUGGGGGCGGCGGAGGAGGAGGUGGCGGUGGAGGAGGAGGAGGAGGGAGCACCUACUGCGGGACCAUCUACAGCCAGCCGGCCAUGAGCCUUAUGCGCCGCCUGCCCAUGCAGACCAUCCAGGAGAACAAGCAGGCCACCUUUGCUCCCAUGAAUUCCUACCGCAAUGCCUCCUUGCAGGACCUGCUCUCCUCCAUCUCCUACGCCCACAAAGAGGGCGAGGCGCACAUGCCGCAAGCCAGCAGCAUGGGGCCACCCCGCGGCCACAGACAAAACCCCCUUGUGUGUGGCGGCGGGGGUGGCGGCGGCGGAGAGAUAGGUCUUGUCCCCUACCCUCCCCACUCGUCGUCCCUCAUGAAGAGCAAUGCGUUGUACCACCCGUCACCAGCCAGCCACCACCACCACCACCCGAUCAGCAACAGUGCCUUACCCUCUCCUAUCAGCCUUAUGAGCCUGCCCAAUGACUCUUGCAGCAUGGUGGCCAUGCCCCAUCACGGGCACAUCCAUUCCUACAUCAACAACCAAGGGGCGCACAUGAGUCUGCUAGACUCCUUGCAGGGACCCUACCCAGAAGCCAUGCACACCCCUGUUUUGGGCCAGGACAGAUUCCCAGCAGACUUGGACUUGGACAUGUUCAACGGUAGCUUGGAGUGCGACGUGGAGUCCAUCAUCCUCAACGACUUUAUGGACAGCGACGAGAUGGACUUCAACUUUGACUCAGCUCUUCCGCCGCAAAACGGCCUCAACAUGGCCACUUUGCCCAGCGCCCCGCAGCCCACCAAUCAGAGCUGGGUGCCUGGGUGAGACCUGCUUCAGACAACUCUGACCCACCAGUCAGCAGGAUGAGAGGGUGGGGUGUGUGUGGAAACAAACUUUCUCCCCCGCCCUACUCCGCCUUUCUUAUUUUCUUUGCCUUCAUUUGUUCAGCCAGGCUAGAGCCAUCUGUUUAAACUUGACGACAACACUAAACACACACACACACACACACAAAUACACAAUGUAGGGUAAAAUGUUUUGAAAGGUACCGGCGACUACUCGCUUGUGCCAGGUGUAUCGUGCAGUAAGUCAGAUCUGUCUUUGAUGUGUGCAAUAGGCACAAGUUAGCCAUGGCAUUGCAGAGCUGCUGCCCGCCCACCCCCUUCCCUCCCCCCUUCCCUCCUCCCUUCCCUCCCCCCUCCCUUCCUGGGCACCUGCACUAUUGCACAGAAAGAGGGAACUAGUGAUUUGUGGCUAGAAGGGUCUCCACGGUGGCCUAGGUAGCCUCAGUGAAUUGACAGCUCUGCCUUUUCAUUCACCCCUUUCCUAAUUGUUUUCAGUACCGCUCAAAUCUAAUUGGACACCCUAGCUCCAUUUCCUGGCCCUUGCCCAUCUGUGACACUCCUUUGGCAAAGGCCAGUAGCUUAGGAUCCCCUUACUUUUAUUAUGGUGGGGGGUGGGGCUCUGCGCGGUCUUGACAGAUAGCAGCACCAAGAGCUGCAGGGGAGAAGCUUGCAGCACUAAAGGCAGUUGUAACAUCAGUUUGCUCUGCUACCAUCCCUGCCCAGCUGUUCCCACCUGCAGUCACACUCAUGGCAUGGCUGGUGCAGAAGGGAGGGGCUCUCCCCAACCGUUGUAGAUCCAGCAACUGACAUUGUGGUUUCCAUAGCCCACUGUGCAAAGGGAAGCUGAUCUGAGCAACGCCAGCUUUUUCACACACACCCCAACCCCAUGCUUGCAACAAGAAACAACAGGCAGUUGGGGGCAUGAAAUGUGUGUGCGUACAGCACAAGCAGAGGCAUGUGUGCCAGCAUGGGUCUGCUUCAGUGCGCAAGCACUGCAGAACUUUUUGCACACAUGAGUGGCACUUACUGCUACGUUAAGAGCCAGCCACAGGUUUGGCACGGUGACUGCUGUUGCUGCUGGCCUGGGAAACGGCCAGGGUAAGCAGGGAGGCAGGGAUGGGGAACAGUGGCAACUAUUUAUUCUGGCGGUAUGCACCCUCUGGCCUGCGAAGGCUCACCAUCGCCAAUGCAACCCUUGCUAGGUUUGCGUGGGAACUUGUAGCCUGUAAAGCGAGGAGGGCAGCUAUAGCAGGUAAAGAUUCAGGAAGUGGGGAGGAAGGUGCAAUAAACUGAGAUACACACAGACACAGGGGUGGAGAAGGAGGGCUAUUGGCAAAAAUCUGGAAUUUGACCAGUCCAAGAUCAUCUAGGCUAGGAGAGGUGAUGUGGCUUCCCAUGAAAGCUGUAGGACCGAGGCCCUCAUUUUGGUAGUCCGAAGGCUGAAAAUGGAGGAGCCCAAGACACCUCAAAGUAACUAGUUUUCUACUUAGAUAGCCCAUAGCAGGUUAAUGGUGGACGGAUGUUAGUGAUGAUUAGGGGAAACAGGUGCUGUGUGAAACUAGGGGUUCUCCCCAGUGUGGAGCUCUUAAAAGUACUGGAGUGCCAUACAAAGUCCUGCUGGACAGCCAUAGGUUCUGUCUAUAUCAGCAUACUUUUUUUUGCACAAAGUCAGGACCUGUCAAUUGGGCCAUCUGAAACGUUCACCCUGUAACAAUAAGGAUAGGUGUCAGUAGCCUGCAGAGUUUGGAAAUGUGAUCAGUUUCUGAUAGCACCUCUAGUUGUAGCUAGGCAGGGCUUCCCUCCUCUGGGUCACCGAAUGCCCACAUUAUUUGAGGGCUUCCUGUUCUCUGUGAUAUGAAACAUAUCAAAUUGCCUUAUACAGAGUGUUGGGUCCAUCGAACUCCGUGUUCUCUACACUGGCUGGCAGAGGCUCUUGUGGGUUUCAUUGAGAGGUCUUCCUAUCUGAAGAUGCCUGGGGUAGAACCUAGGACCUUCUGCACAAAAAACAUGGGCCUGGAUACAGAGCUCUAGUGAGAUUUCUGCCUCUCUCUCUCAUGGGACCGCUUGAUGAGAUGUGUGUGUUUUGGGAGCAGGGAAGUGUGGAGCACGUACUUCCUCACUUCCUCUCCCACCACCCUGACACCCUGUCUUUAUGAUGUCACUUCCAAAGCUGCUCCUUGACACCCCCUUGCUUGUUUAUUAAAAGGAGGCUGGGCCUGUCCAGGGAUGCCAAAACUCCAUGAACAAGAGAGUCAAUGUCAGCUUGUCUGAACAUGGCAAAUUAAGAAAACUAGCGCAGCUAUGCUUAUUUUGAACCACUUGUACCUCUUCUUGGAAUCAUGGAAGGAAGACAAUGAGCAGUGCUUCCCCCCACCCCCCGAAAUAUAGGUGAUGGAAGUCAACAUGAAGUUGUUACAGUAAGUCACCGGCCCAUGAGCUAAGCCCCCUAGAAACAUCUCCUUUGCAUCAGCCAGAGCUGGGCUCCAAAAUCCAUAUUAAGCCUGGCUAAUAACAGGAAAGGAGGAGAGGGAGGAAAGUGACAGACAAGGGAAGGUCCCAUACUCCCCGCCAGGACACCCCGUGCAGGAGUACAGGGGAGCUGCUUUGUUCUACUAGAUCAGAUGCUUUGUCCAUCAAACCUUGUUCGUCUAGUCUGACUGUCAGGGUCUCACUCAGAUAGUAGUCUUCCCAGUGACCUGCUGUGUUAUAACUAGGGAUCCUGGGGAUUGGACCCAGGAACUGCAAAACAUUUGCUCUGCCACUGAGCUAUCAGCCACACUGGAAUCAUAAAGCACAGGAAACAGCCCUUCCUCAUUGCCUGCUCCUUGAUCUUUUGAAUUGGGAGAUUCCAGGGGAUCUUCUGCAGGCAGAAAGCUGUGUGCUGCCGCUAAGGGACGAUUCCCUCCUCUUGUGCUCACCAAAUCUGCUCCCUGCCCAUCUUCCAAUGUGAUUGGAGCACACCUGGAUUAAAACGCACAGUGAUCAUGUAGUCUUUUCAGCCAUUGUCCCCUUAGGUGUGCUUAGAUGCCUCCCUUAAAAAGCAGAGGGACCUUAAGACUGUUUCAGUGGUGCCUGGGUCUUCCCCACCACAUCCAUUCAACCAAUAAUUACAAAUCUACUUUUAUGUUUGAGAUUGCGAAUCACGGCUUCGUCCCGUGGAACCUAAACAAAACUUGAGAAAUGAAAACCAUCAGCACUGUGAUUAAAAAGGGGGAAAGUUUAUGAUUUGGUCACUCUGAAGGAGCAGGGGAGUGUCAUGUGCAGAAAAGAGCUUUCUGGGUAUAUAGCUCAUGUGGAGUCUUUAAAAGUGCAUCUAUCUGUUCUGGCUGCAUACGAAGGGCUGGGUUUUGUUUUUAAGCAACAAGGAAGCCUUGCCACUGCUUCAGGCAGCAGCUCAGUGUCCCUGGCCAUGCUCCUGGAACAUGCGCCUCAGUGUGAUGCUAUGUGACGAGGUGGCUUCAUUCUCAGGGGGAUCUCCUGGCUACCCCCCCCCUUUUGCGGGGCCAUGCAUGAUAGUCCCUAGGGACAUUCCUUUCCAGGGCCAUAACCAGAGCGGCCAAGCCACUGUUUCUUAGGGGAGAAAUUUGACUCAGCCCGCAUUUAAAGAUGAAUCCACCCAAUUUGUACUUUCCAAAACAAUACACAAACUUAAAAACAGCCAUCUUUCAAAAUCUGCACAUGCCUGAAUUUUGAAAGGCAGUUCUCCAGCCAAAUAAUGCGUGCAAAAAUAAAUAAAUAUGCACAUACAAGAGUAGAGGGUACAUUGAAGUGCAUAUGUUAAAGUAACACUCAAAAAGGCACGUGUAUAUUAGGCAAAAAUGCAUACAAACGUGGGUAUAUUAGGAGAAAUUUGCACUAAAAUGUUGAUGUAUUUUCAGGAGGACUUUUUUUAAAAAAGUGAAAUGAUAUGAAUACCUGGAGAAUUUAAGGUUGAGUAAAUUAGAAACUGGGAGAAACCAAAACUGUCAGGUUCUUCUAUCCUGACUGCUUCUUUUCCGUUGUGCAAAAGAAGAAAAAAGCCCUCAGCUUCCUCGUAUUUAAGCCGGAGAUGAGAUGAUCUUUAAAAGAAAUUUGUCCACCUCCAAAAAUAAUUGAAUACCUCCCUCCCUGCUACUUCCACAGAUGGUGGGAAUAAUAUUCAGCUUCUGGCGGUGGCGGGGGGGGGGGCACAUUUAGCCCAGCUCUGCUUUUGAGCUGGCUGCUUGCACACUCUGAUGUGCAGGAGGAAGCAGAUCUGUAUCUGGGACCACCAGAUGCAACUGUACAGCCCGUUGCCCGUGACUUGAACUAGAGGGGAGGGAGCAGGAUGCUACGUAGACCAUCAUAUUACCAUGCAGAAAGAAACAUGUUUCUAACGGAAUUUUUUUCAGAGGCUGAGUUCCCUCUAAUGAAAAUGACAUAAUUUCACAGAGCGUGUGGAAAGAGAUCUUUUAUUUCAUCGUGCUCCCAUGCCAUAGUGCUCCUCCCUCAGUUGUUUUGCACGGGGCGUGACAUUCCCACCCAGAUUUCCCCCGUGGCCCUCUGUAUUCAUAGGCAGGAAUGGGCAUAACUUAAGUGUCUCUUUAGUAUGGAACGGAAGGGUGCUCUCUGCCAAGGUAAGCAUUAUGAAUAGAGAAGUGAGGGUGGCCUCCAGGCAGAUUAUCUUAAGGAUAGCCUCGGCUCUUGCUUUCGGUUCAUGUCACAGCACAGUUUCUGGACAACGAGAGAGAGAGAAAAAAGUGCAUCCACUCUCCUCUCCCCCUUCCUCGGCUUGCCACCACACCACAGCUAUUUAUUUUACCUCACCAUUAUUCUGCUUCUCCCCUACCGCCCCCCCCCCUGUGAUUUGUACCUGGACCAGGUCCCAAAAGCCUAUCAGGAUUUGGGCAACAUAUCUUGCUACAGCUCAUAAGAAGGGAAGGUUUCCCUCCAAAUUUUGCCCAUGAGACUGGCAGGAUAUGUGUUGGAGUAGCCUACGUUCCUCUUUGUUCUGGGUUUCUAUCAGCUCCAGGCUAAAAAUAAUAAUAAUUAAAUAACUUCAGAUGGGCUCACAGGCUAUAAAUGUUUACAUUGCUGGAUCAUGUACUGAAUUUAAUAUAUUUUGAUUCUUUUUGUUUGUUUGUAACCAUUAUUGCAAUGAUGCUCUUUUUUUCUUUUUUUUUACUACUAUAAUUAUUUUGGUCCAGCUCCUGAGAUCAUUUUAAUAAUUUCAGCCUCAGUUUCCCAAAUGGAUUGGACGAGAACACUAAUCAUAAGCGGAGCGGCGAGUCCGGUGCCAGCAGUCUGGCGUACACAGAAGUGGCAGGCUGUCAAGUAUUUGUUGCUUGUGGAGCAAGGGUGUGUGUGUGUGUGUGUGUGUGUGUGUGUGUGAGUGAGUCUGUUCCCUGAGGAUUAGGAACCCAACUGCCUCCAUUUAAUCUUCUGUGAAUGCGCAUGUGCACACACCCACACCCUUGAUCUUGAAGUGAUGGAGAGAAAGGAAGGAGAACCUGGAAGGAGGAUAGAAGUGGGAAAAAUGCCUGCUCUCACUCUGUACAGACCAAAACCUGUACAGUACAAAUCAAAUCAUGUCCCCCAGUGUUAAUGCAAGGAGACUGAGAGACGAAAAAGGCCCCUCUCCCAGUGCACCCCAAGCUGUGACCCCAAUUUUGUGGAAAGCAGGAGGAGAGGCUAGCCCCCCUCAUAUGCUACCUGGCCACACAGCAGGCUCAACCAGAGAGACCCCUCCCCCAGCAGCAGGAAGCGCCCCUCUUUGCUCAGCGAUCUUUGUGGUGUGUUAACCGUGAGGUCAUCGUGUGUGCAAUGGAGUCAUAUUUGCUAAGCGUCGUGUUUUACCGUCUUUUUUUGUGGAAGUGCAGUGCAGCGCUGAGGGGCUGGGGAGUUGAGCGAGGGCUGGGCAGGGGCGGGCCGAGGAGCCGAUCGCAGCUGCUUAGGAAGGCAGUGGCCUUGGAGGGAUGGUGGCAAUGAGCAGGGAGACGAAGGAGAGCAACUGAGGUGGCAGAAAACAAAACUGAAAUCAUGGGCGUGUGUGGGAUAGUUCACUGGUUGCCUUGGAAAUUGAGAUUUAUUUAUUUACUGCCACCCACCCACCUGGGCUUCUAUGGGGAUACUCAGCCUGUAGCCCUGACUUGAGGGUGAGCGGCCAAGCUUGCCAACAGAAGCAGCUUUGACCACCCCGAUGGUCCAUCAGUUGAUCUGGCCUCUGCAGGCUUUCCUUGUCCCCUUCCCAUUACGUCACUGAAACCUGUGAAUGCGGCUGACAAUCCUGAGACCACCCACGUCUCGCCUGCCUGCCUUGGAAUAGCUUCAUGAAGCAAGUGCCAAGCAGAGGAGACGUCUUGUGUGCUACAUGGCCGAGAAUGCACGUGGCAUGGGCCAUGCCCUUGUAGCUUCAGGCACUGUGGCACCCAUCAGCUAUAACAGGGAAGCAAGGCGUGCCCUCACUUUUCCAUUAACACUUAGUGCUCCAGUGACUUAGGAUUUCUGGUCAUCCCCAGAGUGAACACACUGGCGUUGAUGCACGUGACUAAGUUAGGUCCGUUGACUUUGGUAGCUCUACUCGGAGCAGGGCUUGGUUGGACACAAUCCUCAGCUAAAACGUCAAACAAUUCUGCUGGAAACAAUUCAUUAAACCGAGCCUACAUUUGGGGGUGCUCCUCCCUCUGUUUUCUUUUAAUUCGCCUUCUUUUUGGGUGGGAGGAAGGACAAAUUGUGCUCAAAACUGAAAGAUGAUUAUGCUUUCCACUGUUGUACUCGUGUCACCAAUCCGAUGCUGAUUCAGAAGGGCCAAAAUGCCCCUGGCCCGCAUGGGUGUGAUUCCAUCUCCCCAGGGAAGACAAACUUCUGCGCUGAUGUAAGGAGCGCUCCGUGAUGACUCUUACUCCCUUUCCAACUUCCUGAAAACUCUUUGCCCAACUCCUUGUGUAAUACAGCCAGUGCUUAGCCAAGGUUCAACUGAGGAACUUAUGAAGUAAUUUUUUUUUAAAAAAAAGAAAAGGGUGCUACAGGGCAUGUGCAAAAUCCUUCUCCCUCACAUAACCCAGUAUCAUGGAAUAGGAGCAGAACUUCCAAGCCAAGCAAGGCCAGCUGGAUCCUCAGAAAAUCCUCUGUUUUUUAGACUGAAUGCAGAGCUGCUUUGUGUGAAUGAACAAGAGUGGACCUUGCUAUACGGUUGUGUAGUCACGGUGUUUUGUGGAUCCUGAGAUCAGGUUGUGUGACUCCAACAUAUCCAAGUACAAAGCUGCCCUUGGCUCAGCCCACCAUAUCAGGGUCUGUGGGGUGCUUGUAUUUUAAAAAUAAACAAUUACACUGUAAGGAGCAAUUGGCUGCAGGCAGGGAGUUCCUUCCAGCAGCACCCCAGUUUCAGCAAUGCUGAGUCAUGACAGUGCAUUCAGCAGGCAGGUGAGUCAUGCAGACCUCUGAACCAAGCGCAGUUGUAGUGCAUCAGCAAUGCCCUGUGCUUUGCAACUGUGCCCUCAUUUCCAGACCUGCGCAGGAGAGCUGCGCGGAAGUUCACACAGGGUGAGGCUGCACACCAGGUCUGUGGUGUUCAGGUCUCAUCGAAACACUAGCUCCACAGAAAGGGCCGGUGCGGGGGUGGCACUAUGCCAGGAAGUUCUGCAUAAAGGUUGGGCCAAACCAAACAUCUCAAUGAAAAAGGAAAAGAAGAAAAAUGGUGUCUUUCCCCCCCUCCUCGUAUUUAUAACUGUACAGAUUCAAGGGGGGCUUAGGGUUUUCAACAGGCUGUUUAUCUCUCACCACACAUAUAUUGUACGCAAUGUAACCUUCUUGAUUGUGCUAUUCUAGUUUUUGUGUAUGUGGCAAUGUAAAGAACUGUGUAUAGUGCAUUGUACAGCAUAUUUUCAUGAAUAAAAUUGUUUUAAAUAUGAGAAAAA